AAAAAAAAAAAUAAACGGUCGUGUCAGGUAAAGUCAUAUAUUGACGUACAUUUUUUAAUAAAAACUAUAUCAAUUAAAAAGGAAACAGAAAUAUUAGCAUCAUGAAGAGCAGCUCAUUAGUAUUAUUUGUUUGUGCUGGUCUACUGCUUAGUGGCGGUGCUAUUCUCGGCGGUUCAGCAACCUGGAGUCUCAUGCGUAUCUCCUACUACUUCUGGACCACUGAUCUUGGCGUCGAGCUGGGAUCCAGUGUGCUGUUUAUCUCCGGAGCUCUGUUAUGUCUUCCCACAUGUUGGCUGUGCACCCUCGUGCCGUACCAUCCUAGGUCCAUAUCGCUUUUGGCAAGCUUGAUGAUACUCGUGACGUCGGGUCUGAUGCUGCUAUCCAUAGGGAUUUCUUCUAUUAUGGGUCUAUCCCGUGCUGUUAGGGAACAGCACACCUUAAACACUACAAUGUUGAGGACAAUGGCGUUUGAACCAGUUGACAUAGCUGUUAGAAGUGCGUUUGCUUCGAUGCAAUUAGAGUUAAAAUGCUGCGGUGUCAAUUCUCAUACCGACUGGUAUCUUCAUCGCAAUACACUGCCCCUCGCAUGCUGCGGACGUGUUGGGAUAGGAAAGAAUACCGACCAUUGUGAAAUACCGUUAUACAAUCGGGGAUGUCUAAGACCAGCGCGAGCUGAACUCCGCAUGUACGCUAACUCUCUUGCCGUGCUAGCUUGCGCCAUUAUUUUGGUUAAGGCGGUAGCACUUUUCGCGACUGUGUAUACUAUGGUCACGGGUGUAACGGAGCGAAGUUUGGGUGUUAAGCAGCAGCCGCUUCGUAUCGCCUACCUCCCAGCCCCCCCGAUAGUACCCCUCGCCCCACCUGCCCCUUAACACAGUCUUCCCCUUAUUAGUUAUUUACAACUUUUAACAUGCACACAUUAGAUAUUUAUAAACAUGCAAAUUGUAAGUACUUCUGAUAAAACUAGGGUAACUAAAAUUAUUUGUACGAUUUUUAUACUUAAUUCUAAUGAAAUAUACAGUUUUGGAUAUAA